ACUCUCCGAGGCAAUUGCCUGGCCUCCUCGUCACAUUCCUCGCCCUGACCUUGUCUCGCGGUACACGCCGACAAGUUUUCUAAUCCCCUUCGGCACCACUUCCGUCGCUUCAACGACACGAAAGGGAAUCUCUCACCAGCCAAUCCCAAUUCCCAAGUCUUCCCUUAGUUCGCCGUAUCUCUUGUUCUUGUUCCGCGAGAUUCUUGGCUGUUCCGAGUUUAGCGCUAGGACCUAAACUUCCUGCGCGGUGGUGUCUGUGUUGCGUGGUGUGAAGUUGUUGGAGUUCUUGGAAUCUCUUUGAGGAGUAUUGCGAGUGAGCUGUUGAUACAAAGAUUCUAGCUUUUUAGUCCUUUGCCGUGAUCUUGCCAAAGAUUGCAUUUUUUGUGUAAGAUUUAGUCCAGUAGAGCGCAAGAAUCCGCGACUCUGCUUCUGCAACAUGACGAUGGGCAGCGGUGAAGAGCGCUCCCCAGAGGGCAGCGAGCCGCUGCUCCCGACGAAGCGGGAGGGGCCGGCGGCGGAGGGGGAGGAGGCCGCGUUCCACGAGUUCAACGGCGCCUCCUUUGCCGGUGCGGUGUUCAACCUGUCCACCACCAUCGUCGGCGCCGGCAUCAUGGCGCUGCCAGCCACCAUGAAGGUGCUCGGCCUCGUCCCCGGACUCGUCAUGAUCGUGCUCGCCGCCCUCCUCACCGACGCCUCCAUCGAGCUGCUCGUGCGGUUCAGCCAAGCCGUGGGCGCGCGCUCCUACGGUGCCGCCAUGGCGGACGCCUUUGGGUGGUGGGGCAGGAGGCUGCUCCAGGUCUGCGUGGUCAUCAACAACGUCGGAGUCAUGAUCGUGUACAUGAUCAUUAUCGGUGAUGUUCUUUCUGGAACCUCCUCUGGUGGUGAGCACCAUUAUGGUGUGUUAGAAGGAUGGUUUGGCACGCACUGGUGGAAUGGACGUUUCUUUGUUCUCCUGGUUACUACCCUUGGCGUAUUUACCCCACUAGCAUGUUUGAAGCAUAUUGAUUCACUGAGCUAUACAUCUGCAAUAUCUGUUGCUUUGGCAGUUGUAUUUGUUGUCAUUACUGCAGGAAUUGCUAUUGUCAAGUUGAUAGGUGGACAAAUUCCAAUGCCUAAGUUGUUUCCAGCUGUUCCUGAUUUGGCAUCUGUCUGGGAACUUUUCACAGCAGUGCCAAUUCUUGUCACUGCUUACGUUUGCCAUUACAAUGUUCACCCGAUUCAUAAUGAGCUAAAGGAUUCUUCCCAGAUCAAACCAAUUGUGCACACAUCGUUGACACUAUGCUCAACCGUUUAUAUCGCAACAAGUUUCUUUGGAUAUCUUCUCUUUGGUGAAUCUACACUCUCUGAUGUGCUCGCCAACUUUGAUUCAAAUCUUGGGAUUCCAUACAGUUCGGUUCUUAAUGACGCUGUUAGAGUGAGCUAUGCUGUCCACCUUAUGCUCGUGUUCCCCAUGAUAUUCCAUGCAUUGCGGCUUAAUUUGGAUGGGCUUCUCUUUGCCUCUGCAAGGCCUCUGUCUUCUGACAACAGAAGAUUUGGUGUAAUGACAGCAUUGCUCCUCCUAGUGAUUUUUUCAUCUGCAAACUUCAUUCCGAGUAUUUGGGAUGCCUUUCAAUUUACUGGGGCAACUGCUGCUGUUUGUAUUGCCUUUAUUUUCCCAGCUGCAAUUACUCUAAGAGAUCCACAAGGCAUAGCAAAGAAGUGGGACAAGAUUCUGGCUGUCUUCAUGAUUGUUCUUGCGGUUGUAUCAAAUGUGGUAGCUGUGUAUAGUGAUGCCUACAAAAUGCUCCACAAGAAAAGUGCUUCUUCCAAGGUCUGAACUGCACAAUCAUACCGGGGAGUCAACUGAACGUUGAUCUCCAGGGUGGUUUGUACAUUAUUAGUUAGUGAAUAAAAGCUUCAUUUAAAGAGUACUCAUGCGAUUGGUUUUCGUGGUGGAUUGUGACCACUGUUGACUCAAUUACAUCUAGUUUUAUGUAUGCAUCCACAAGACUAUCUCCAGUCUGAAGUGCUUCACUCCACUAUACAGUUACAAGACUAUCCUGGGAUAUGUGAAAUUGUAGAGCUAUUUAUUGUAAUCGAUAAACCGUGUUUUUGCAAUUGCAAGAACAUUGUAUUAUUUUAGAAUAGUAACGGGAUGGUUCUUUAAAUGUACUUGCUUGGUACA